AUGGCCAGUAUGUAUAAUGUCACCCGAAUCGAGUUCGGGGGCCGCUAUUUGAUUGCGCGGACUGAGUGUGGGGUCCGAGUCAUUUCUCAGUUGUUUUUGCAUCAUAAGGUCUUUAGACUACACCCACAAGAUAAUCACAAGCGUGGAAAAAUCUUCCUCUCACCCCGCACCCCGCAUCGUUACACCAACGUGUUUGUGUAUCAAUUGAAACCCGCGAUCGUACAGAUUAGCUUGAUAUCUAGCAUUGAUCACCUCAUUCGGUCAAAAUCUCAUAACCCCGUACCGGCUAAUUAG